GUGAUGCCCAAGACAUUGGAUGGGCAGAUAACCAUGGAGAAGACCCCCAGUUACUUUGUGACUAAUGAGGCUCCCAAGCGCAUUCACUCUAUGGCCAAGGACAUCAAACUCAUUGUGGUGGUACGAAAUCCAGUGACCAGGGCCAUUUCUGACUACACCCAGACACUGUCAAAGAAGCCAGAGAUCCCUACCUUUGAGGUGCUGGCCUUCAAAAACCGGACCCUGGGGCUGAUUGAUGCCUCCUGGAGUGCCAUUCGCAUUGGGAUCUAUGCUCUGCACCUGGAGAACUGGCUGCAGUACUUUCCCCUCUCUCAGAUCCUGUUUGUCAGUGGUGAGCGACUCAUAGUGGACCCAGCAGGGGAGAUGGCCAAAGUACAGGAUUUCCUAGGCCUCAAGCGUGUUGUGACUGAGAAGCACUUUUACUUCAACAAAACCAAGGGAUUCCCCUGCCUGAAGAAGCCAGAAGACAGCAGUGCUCCAAGAUGUUUGGGCAAGAGCAAAGGUCGGACUCAUCCCCGCAUUGACCCAGAUGUCAUCCACAGACUUCGGAAAUUCUACAAACCCUUCAACAUGAUGUUUUACCAAAUGACUGGUCAAGACUUUCAGUGGGAACAGGAAGAGGGUGAUAAGUGA